AUGGAGAGCUUCGUUCACGCUGUCGUCUUCUCGCUCCUCGUCUCAGUGACCACUGCUGGGAAUCCGGAACCGAUCAUGCACUCCGGCAAACUGGAUCUCAGUGGGGCUCUUUUCCAAGGAUCUCACGAGUCCCAGCAACCUGGCGGGGGUCCUCUUAAAUCCAGCUCUACUUUUGGAUACAGUCCUCCAGCGUACAGUUCAAACAGAUACCCCCUGUACAUGAUGCAACUUUACCGAACCUUCAAGAGCGCAGAUACAACGAGGACCACGGCCUUCAGUCACGCCAGCAGCACAAGCAACGACAACCCGGCAUUGCACGAUUCAGACUCAGUUCUCAGUCUGAUUGCAAGAAGUUGCCAUCAGGUUGGGGAGAGGUGGACUGUCACAUUCGACAUGUCUUCUAUCUCUGCCAGCGACAACAUUCAGCUGUCGGAGCUGCGCUUCCGACUGCCUGCACUCUCCUCUUCCAAGCGUGUCACUAUCGACGUUUUCCACUCCCGCAAGCAGGGCUGCGCUCCGGGGGCCCUGACCUGCCCGGAUGAGCGGCUCUUCCUGGGUAGCUUCAGCGCUGCCCCCAGCACAAGCAGCUCCUCCUGGAAGGUCUUCAAUGUGACGGAUCUGCUCAAGUACUGGCUGCACCAGGGCGGAACAGUGCCCGGUGAGGUGGAGGUAGAGGAGGAGCUGCUGGACGCACCAGAGCACGGGAGCGGGGAUGAAGAGGCUGGCGCGGUCAGCCACAAGCUCCGUCACUCAGGUGCGAGAGCGAAGAGGGUCCGGCACCCGACGGCUGACCGGGUCAUGAUGGUCGUCUUCUUGAAGCACAACCUGGCCCGGGAUGGCCAACACACCCCCACCCUCAUCCACACCGUGGAGCACUCCAAGUACGUGAUGCUGGACCGAGCCAGCGGGGACAGCCAGGGCCGGCGCCACAAGAGGAACCGCAAGGAGAGGGAGAGGGUGCGAGCAGCAGCUAGCGUGGUAGCCGCUGCACCUCCAGCUGAGGCCAGGCAGAGGCCGCUGUGCAGGAAGGUGGACAUGUGGGUAGACUUCGACCAGAUCGGCUGGAACGAGUGGAUCGUGUACCCCAAGCGCUACAACGCCUUCCGUUGUGAGGGGGAUUGUCCCAGUCCAGUGGAUGAGUCCUUCAACCCUACCAACCACGCUUACAUGCAGAGUCUGCUGAAGCUCUACCAUCCAGAGCGCGUGACGUGUCCGUCCUGCGUGCCCACUCGCCUCAGCCCGCUCUCCAUGCUCUACUAUGAGAACGACGGCGUGGUGCUGCGGCACCAUGAGGACAUGAUCGUGGAGGAGUGCGGCUGCCACUGA